CGUAACAUUUGACGUUUCCUAAAUAGUAAACAAACCGCAUGUUCUUCUUUACACAUGGCGCGGAAUGUUUUUGAAAAAAGACCGAAAAAAACGAAAAAUCGUGCAAGCAAAGUUCAUUUAGUAUUCGAUGAAGCUAAACGAAGGGAGUUUUUGACUGGUUUUCGCAAAAGGAAAUUGCAGCGAAAAAAGCAGGCGCAGGAAAAACUUGAGAGAGAAUUAAAAGAAGAGCGGAAAAGACUAAAGGUUGAAGCCAGGGAAUCUUACAAAAACCUAGUAGUGUCCCACAGGCCCAUACCCGAGUUAGAAAACUUGUUAAAUGAGGAAUAUGAAGAAGGAGACGUGACUGUGAAAGUAGUGGAACUAUCACCAGAUGAAAUAGCCAAACAAAAUCACUGGAUAGGAUCUAAUAAAUUAAAGUAUGAGGACGAGGAUGCAUCUAAUGACAAUGAAGACCAGGAAAGUGUUAAAACGGAAAUUCCUGGAAUGGAACUAAAGCCCCUAGCAAAAAAGCAAACUGUGAAAAAACAAUUUGUAUCUGAAAAGCAGUUGAAAAAGGAGUUAAAAAAACAAGCAACAAAGAAUGUUAAGAAGAGCAAAGUAUUUCAGAAGAAAAAUAAUAUAGAGAGGUUGAAACAGAAAAAAAUGUCAAAUAAGUUAAAACAACAAAAUACUAAAGACAAGAAAGGUAAAAAACGGGGAAGAAAUAAAAGAAAUGUUAAUUAA